AUGUCUAGAUUACUCGGAUGCAUCUCUGAAGGCCAUCUUGUUCCUCCUUGCGAUGAAAUAGAAGAGAUGAUUCUUGAGCUCUUUGAAAGUGCUGCUUGUACUUUAUGUAUUGUCAUCAUCCACUUGUUUUCUGCAUCCUUCAAGUGGAUAUUGACAUUCUCCUUCGAUGUAGUACUGCUUGUUUCUAUAUCUUCAUUUUCUGGUUCUUUUUAUUCUUCUUGUCUUUAUCGGCAUCUUUUUAUUGUUCGCCCUUAUCACUUUGUUCACCACGUUUCGCUUCAUCCAUUUCUAAUCCGAUUCCUGACAAUUCAUCGCAAAUAG